GAAACAUCGUCAAAAUCAAUCUGAACACCGAACCGUCCCAAACAGAAACCGGAUCUCCAGACACAAUACCGCCAACAUGCGUCUCCCAUACAUCCCAGACGACCCUCAAAUGUCCUCACCCGAAGACCAAGCCAUCGUCGAACGCGUCAAAGAACGCCGCGGAGGAAAACUCAUCGCCCUCGAUAAAGCCCUGCUUCACGCCCCUCCAGUCGCCGACGGCUGGAAUUCCUUCCUCAGAGCCAUCCGCACACAAACCACGCUCCCCGACUCCAUACGGGAAUUGGCCAUCUGCCGCGUUGCAACGCUCAACUAUGCGCACUACGAGUUUGAGCAGCAUGCGCCGAUUUUGGAGCGGAGUGGAGUGUUGAGUAAGGAUGUGAUUGAGAAGAUCAAGGAUGAGAAGUGGGAUGGAGAGGGCUUGGAUGAAAAGCAUUUGGCUGUGUUUAGAUAUACGGAAGCGAUGACUAGGGGAAUUAUAGUGAGGGAUGGACUGUUUGAGACGGUCAAAGGGUUGUUCAGUGAUCGGGAGGUGGUGGAGUUGACGACGACUGUGUGUGCGUAUAAUACCGUGUCGAGGUUUCUGGUAGCGUUGGAUGUUGGUGAGAUGAGGGAGAAGUAUGGCGUGGACAUGAGCUGA